AUGUUUACCACAAUAUUCAGAUCAAUACAGAAAUUCCCUAGAGUAUCAUCACGACAACUAUUCGAAAUCAAGAGGGUACAUCUUCGAAUAAUAUCUGUGUCGCCGAAUAGCAAAAUAAAAUUUUCAACUAAAACUCAAUGUAGAAUCGAAGAAAGAAAAGCGCAGCCGGAUGAUGAGAAGCAAAUAGAAAAGAGUAAAGAAGAUAGUGAAGAUGAGCAGGUUAAAAGUAGUAAUCAAGAUGAGCCAAAUGCGAGACCGAGCCAUCAACCCCUCACUCGACGAGCAAAGAGUGGAUUUGGGUCAAAGUUAAAAAGGUCCCGACAUAGUGAUAGCCACGGACUACCUCCAAUUGUAUUGCCAGAAUGGUUUUUGCAGAGAAAUAUUCACAUUACAUGUAACAAUAAAACCCAAAAACCCAUCGAAAAAACGCGAAUUGACAAAGAUUUUUCACAUCAAAAAAAUACUGACGUACAAGAGACCCUUCAACUUACUACGACCGAGGAUAAUUACCACUUAUCUAGCGAGCCAUACGCGCUCAAUGAGAGCGUAUACACAGAAGUGCUGACAACCCUUAAAGCAGGACUUGACCUAAAACCACCCAAAAACAAUUCUACGAGGGCUGCCCUCCGACCAAUCAGUGUUCUACAAUGCCCAAAAGAUGGUGCAUCGUUAUACUUGGAUCAGAUAGUCCUCAAAGUAUCUUUAGAUCUAGGUGCUGAUCUAAUUCAACUCGAUGCUCAAGAUUUUGCACAAAUAGUAGGCCCAUACUUAAACGAAAAUCUCGCAUGGAAUUAUGCUUCAACUUCACUUUACGGCUAUAAUGCUCAAAAGGUUGCCGGUAACUUGGAGAACUAUGAUGACUUGAAGAAUAGCGAUCAAGAAUCACAGCAUGUUUUUCAUGGGCUGGAAGAAAAUAUGACAUCUAUGACAGGGAAUAUCGGCAGUUCCCCGUUAGCCGGUGACGAAUUUUCAAAGUUACUUCAUGUUUUUGUUCAGAAGCCACGCGAUAAUUUAAAAUCGGUUUCAUGGCUAAAUAACGAAAAUAUCAAUAAUUCUAGAACACUUGAUAUAGGUUCAGAGGAUCGAAGCAAAGACGCAUCCCAGGUCACGUGGAAUGAUCUAAAAGCAAAUGCCAUCCUAAAAGCCUUGGUUGAGGCUGCAGAUCACAAAAGAACCUCUUUCCAAGCUCAAAGCAGCAUAAAAACGGUGGCAGGCGAUAGUCAGAUUGAAGAGACAAAAGCCGAGUUCAGUUCUCAUUCAGCUUCAGAGGGAUCUGAAAACUACCAACAUGAAAUUGAAUACCAACCCUUGAUUAUACAGAUUAAAGAUUAUCAGGAACUUCGAUCUAUUGAUGGUGGCUCGGAACUACUGCAAAAGCUAUACAAGGUUGUCAACCAAAAAUGGCAACGUGGUCGUAAAAUAAUCUGUGUCGGAACCACUGAGGGGCUAGAAGCAGUCCACGACAAGCGUAGUAUACAAAUACUCCAGGAAGAUACUAUGGGAUCAGAUAGACGUACGAUAAUAAUACCCCCAGGUGUCAAGAAAGAACAAAGUUUGCAAUUUAAAUCAGAUAAUAAAUCUCGAAUUAGGCGCAUUAAUAUACGGCAUCUCGAGGAUAUGAUCUUGAAGCUCUGUGAAGGAAGCGAAGGAUUGCCAAUUAUUGACCUGGAAAAAAAACUAAGCUCAAUCACGGUCGCAAGCUCUGGACUAGAAGAUAACGUAUGGACUUAUGGCCGCGUUCAUAGAAUAUCAAGCACUAUAGUCGGAGUUCUUAGCCUUUCGUCGACAACAUCUCUUAACAUUGACGGAAUUGUUUUAAGUGAAGGGUUAAAUAUUCUUGCACGAAGCGACGAGGCCAAGUUUGCGUGGGGCCUGACAGAAUCAAAGGACUGUGAGGCCUUAGCCGCUCGAGAUAUUAAGGAAAAUAAGCCCCUUAAGCUUGCUUGUAACACAUAUGAGAAGAAAUUACUGAGUGGCGUGAUAGCACCCGAAAAGAUACGAACUUCGUUUUCAAAUAUUCGAGUAUCAAGGGAAACUAUCGAAGCCCUUCAAUCUAUGACUGGUCUCUCUCUAUCUCGCCCGGAGGCUUUUAAAUAUGGAAUCCUUCGUAGAGACAAGAUCCCCGGUGUUUUACUGUAUGGUCCGCCUGGGACUGGUAAGACUCUUCUCGCAAAAGCUGUAGCAAAAGAGUGUGGGGCCACUGUAUUAGAAGUAACUGCAGCUGACCUUAAUAAUAUGUAUGUUGGAGAAGGAGAGAAGAAUGUGAAAGCUGUAUUCACAUUAGCAAAAAAACUCUCUCCUUGUGUCAUAUUCAUCGAUGAAGCCGAUAGUAUGUUUGGUAGUCGAGAGGGUUCACGUCAAAAGACUAGCCACCGUGAGAUGAUAAAUCAAUUUUUACGAGAGUGGAGCGAGAUCAAUGAGUUCACUGGCUUCAUAAUGGUCGCCACAAACCGUCCAUACGAUUUAGACGAUGCCAUCCUACGAAGACUGCCAAGAAGGAUUCUUGUAGAUCUUCCAGACGAGCAGGAUCGUGCAGAAAUCCUCAAAAUUCAUCUUCAAGAUGAAGUCCUUGCUGACUCGGUAUGCCUCGCUGCUUUGGCCAAGGAAACCCCUUACUAUUCUGGCUCAGACCUCAACAACCUUGCGGUUGCAGCGGCUCUGGCGUGCGUUCGUGAAGAGAGUUUGAUAGUGGACAAACCCGCACACUCAUCACCGCGGAUUCUUGAGAAGCGGCACUUUGACCAGGCGUUGGGAGAAAUUAGUGCAAGCAUAGAUGAAGAUAUGCAUUCACUAGUUGCUAUCAAGAAAUUCGAUGAAAAAUAUGGCGAUCGCAAGGGCCGCCGGAAGAAAGGUCCCGGACUCGGUUUUGGUUCAUCACUAUUAGUCGAGAGAGAUUCUAAUGCAGCGCGAGUGCGACCACCACUAAGUCCCAAAUAA